GCUCAACAAUCGAUGAUGUAUCAAGGCAAGGAGAAGGACUACUACUAUGAGAACAUAUUUAUAUCAGAAGCGAUCCCUGACACAAAUUUUCUUGCCGCCACAUCCGCAUCUGCAUCUAAGAUUCCACCACGUAAACGCGGCAGACCGAAAACAAAGGUUGAGGAUCAGACGCCCAAGCCGAAGCUCCUGGAAAAACUACAGGCGGCUACCCUAAACGAGGAGGCAAGCGAGCCUGCUGUGUACGCCUCCACCACGAAGGGCGGUGUCAAGCUAAUCUUCAAUGGCCACCUGUUCAAGUUCUCGUUCCGCAAGGCGGACUACUCGGUGUUUCAGUGCUGCUACCGUGAACACGGCGAGGAGUGCAAGGUGCGGGUGGUAUGCGACCAGAAACGAGUCUUUCCUUACGAGGGCGAGCACGUGCACUUCAUGCAGGCCAGCGACAAAAGCUGCCUGCCCUCUCAGUUCAUGCCGGGCGAAUCGGGAGUCAUAUCCUCGCUGUCGCCCAGUAAGGAGCUGCUGAUCAAGAAUACCACCAAGCUCGAGGAAGCCGACGACAAGGAGGAGGAAGAUUUCGAGGAGUUUGAGAUUCAGGAGAUCGACGAGAUCGAAUUGGACGAACCGGAGAAGACGCCCGCCAAGGAGGAAGAAGUGGAUCCCAAUGAUUUCCGUGAAAAAAUCAAGAGACGACUGCAAAAGGCACUGCAGAACAAGAAGAAGUGACACGGAAUAUGCCUUAGAUCUUCAAACUCUUUUUACUAUAUAAACUUAACUAUGAUCGAGAAGGCUCAAGAAGGCCCAACAGUACAAGAUCUGAGCUGCCUAAGGGCUUUACAUUAUACUUUCUAUAUCCAUUUGGGUUUUAAAUACCCCUAAUAAUUCUAAAUAAUUAAGUUUUUCGUAAUAAAACGAUGUCAAUAAAUCGGA